AUGGCUUCUUUCUACCGCCAAAUCUUGCCAAUGAUUUCAUCUUUCUUGUUCUUCGUAGUGUUCUUCGUCUCCUACGCAAAUGCAGAGCUUCGUAUUCGGAACUUCAUGACGGGAGAUGAGAUCGCAGAGUCGGACAACAUCAAAGCUCUUUUGAGUAAAAUGAAUAAACCUGCUGUCAAGACCAUUCAGAGCCCCGAUGGUGAUAUCGUUGAUUGUGUUUUGAUUCAUCAACAGCCCGCCUUCGAUCAUCCACUCUUGAAAGGACAUAAUUUAUUGGAUCCACCGAAAAGUUUGAAGAGGAACAUGUUGUCAAUGACCGGCAAGCAAGAUCGACACUUUCAAAUUUGGACAAAGUCUAAUGAAUCGUGUCCGGAAGGGAGUAUUCCUAUUCGAAGAACAACCGAACAAGAUCUACUCCGAGCAAGUUCUAUUGAAAGAUUUGGACGAAAACUAGGCCGGAAUUCAAAAGCAACAGCUUCAGAUGAUCACCAGCACUCAAUUGCGAGGGUAAAUGGGACGUUUCGCGGAGCAAAGGCGUUUUUUAAUGUUUGGGCACCUAAGGUGGAGAGUACAGAGGAAUUUAGCUUAGCACAAAUGUGGAUAAGUGCGGGUUCUUUCGAAACUGAUGAUCUCAACACAGUUGAAGCUGGUUGGCAGGUUUACCCGAUGCAAUAUGGCGAUGACCGUCCAAGAUUGUUCGUCUAUUGGACUAGGGAUGCUUACCAGAAUACAGGGUGUUACAAUUUGAUCUGUUCAGGGUUUGUUCAGUUCAGUACAAAAGUAUUAGUCGGAGGAUCCUUCGCAGCUGCUUCGACGUACAAUGGAGAUCAAUUAGAAAUUAACUUGCACGUUUGGAAGGAUGCGGAUGCCUGGUGGCUAGAGCUCGGGGGCGAAACAGUGGGCUACUGGCCAGCAGAAAUAUUCACUCUUUUAUGGACUAGUCCAAAUACGACUGUCGAUUUUGGGGGUGAAAUAUUCACGAUCCGCGAUCCAUCAUCGGGGCAUACAACGACCGAAAUGGGGAGUGGUCAUUUUGCUUCAGAAGGGUUCAAAAAAGCAGCUUUAAUAAGAAACAUGCAAAUUGUCGAUGAAAAUGGCGCGCUAACCACGCCCCCAACUCCCGUCGUGAUUAUGGAUGAGAGUAAUUGCUAUACCAUACAAGUGACGCCGGAAGGUGAAUAUGCGAAUUGGGGAGCUUUUCUAUUCCAUGGAGGGCCGGGAAAAAACUCGGCUUGCCCUUAG